UUUUCUAUGUCCUUUUGUCGCAUGUUUCUCUGAUCCACGCUAUGGGCACCAGUCCGUCCCUCCGCGACCUGUACAGCCCUCCCGCUCAUUCCUGGACAUUUGUCCCUCCCAACGGCGCACCUUCAAAGCCGAAUCCCUCCAGUCCUUCAUACCAAUGGAAUGCCCGGCCGUCAUCACCUCACAUCCUACAUCUAUCGCUGGACACCGGAACACCCCCCGCACAUAUCACCCUCUUCUUCCGCUCCAUCGUAGUGUCGGCUCUGGUGCACUAUAGUAGCACCGCACUCGCCAUGCCUUUGGAGGUCGGAAAGCUCCUCCUGCAGAUUCAGUGGGUGCCCAGAGAUGCUCUCUCCGCGCCGUCAGACACCGAAGAACAGGGAGACGAUGGGGAGGAUCUGAGCGACACUACAAAUGAAGAAGAUUCCUACUUCGUGGAUCCCGGCGUUGGUCCCACUCCCAAGUACCCAGCGCCGAAGCUCGUCGACGAUGACGGGUACGUGGUUAGGACUUCUGUCAUGGAAGAAGGCACCCGUCCAGAGUAUAUCAUCCCAGUUGGCACCGCCAAGAGUACGUGGGCAAUGGUCAAGCGUCUUGUCAGCUUCCGUGGAGAGGGAUGGUUCUCCCCUUGGAAGGGUUUGUUUACGACCUGCAUACAUGACGUCUUGCUACUCAGCAUCCAACCAUCCGUCGACAACGUUUUGUCUUCGUUUUUCCUCUCCCCGUCCCGUGGAUUUUAUAGGCCGCCCUUGUGGCUCCCGGUGGCUUCGCACGUCGUCACUGGAUUUGUUCUUUCCCCUUUAGACCUCGUUCGCACACGUCUCAUUGCUCAGUCCUCCAUGCCUAGAUAUAAGAACUAUACAGGCCCCCUUGAUGCCCUCUCUCAGAUCCUCGUCCAUGAAGGCGGAUUGAAAGGGGUAUACUUCCACCCUCACCUUCUCCUUCCAACUAUUCUCGAUACCGGGCUGCGCGCUUUCACACACGUCCUCCUGCCCUCCCUCAUCGCUCCGUAUUUGGGCUUUGGACCUCAUGUUGCUGCAGAUACACAUCCAAUAGCAUGGGCACUUGCAGAAGUGCUUAGCGGGUGUUUGGGAUUGUUGGUUACCUUACCAAUAGAAACAGUGCGUCGAAGACUGCAAGUCCAAACCCGUGGUGCAGCGAAGCCUUUACGAACAUGCGUGGAAACCCGGCCAGUCCCAUAUAACGGCGUCGUCGACGCAUUGUGGCACAUUCUGACGGAAGAACGGUCAGACCUACCCAUCAGGAAGCCACGAAAACAUCGAAGAGACGGGCCAGGAGGGUCGGGAAGCGACGAGGCAGAAGAAGAAAGUGAUAGCCGGCUAAGACACACGGGCAUCGGACAACUUUAUCGUGGGCUCGGUAUGCGCCUUGCAGCGAAUACUAUUGUAUUCCUAUUGGCUUCCUUCGGUGGUGAAGAAGUAGAUGGUGGAUGGGCCGAACUUGUAAUGCCCUGUAUCUUUUGAAUAUACGACAUGGAUUUCCCUCUCUUCUCAACAUCGGCGCAUCGAAACCCUUUUUUCCCCUUCACGGGAUCAUCGAUGCCGAUACAGUAGUUAGGAGGGAAUUUGGCCACGGCCUCCCUGCGACGAACGCACCGUAACACGAAUCCGGACACCAAAAUUGUCAGUGUUUCAUCUGUGACCAAUUGGCUCGCGUCCAAAGAACGGUACUGGUAGCCAUGCUG